AACAUAUCAGACAAAAUGGUGAAGAUUGGAAUCAACGGAUUCGGACGUAUCGGCCGUCUGGUGACCCGAGCCGCCGGCGCAGGGGGCAAAGUGGAGGUGGUGGCCAUCAACGACCCCUUCAUCGACCUGGAAUACAUGGUCUACAUGUUCAAGUACGACUCCACCCACGGCGUGUGGAAGCACGGAGAGGUGAAGGCCGAGGACGGCAAGCUGGUCAUCGGCGGCAUGCACAUCACGGUCUUCCACGAGAAGGACCCCGCCAACAUCAAGUGGAGCGACGCCGGCGCCGACUACGUCGUGGAGUCCACCGGUGUGUUCACCACCAUCGAGAAAGCCUCCGCUCACCUGAAGGGCGGAGCCAAGAGGGUGGUGAUCUCCGCCCCCAGCGCCGACGCCCCCAUGUUCGUCAUGGGCGUCAACCACGAGAAGUACGACAACUCCAUGAAGGUCGUGAGCAACGCCUCCUGCACCACCAACUGCCUGGCGCCCAUCGCCAAGGUCAUCAACGACAACUUCGGCAUCGUGGAGGGCCUCAUGAGCACCGUCCACGCCAUCACCGCCACCCAGAAGACCGUGGACGGACCCUCCGGCAAGCUGUGGAGGGACGGACGCGGCGUCCAGAACAUCAUCCCCGCCUCCACCGGCGCCGCCAAGGCCGUGGGCAAGGUCGUCCCCGAGCUCAACGGCAAACUGACCGGCAUGGCUUUCCGCGUGCCGACCCCCAACGUGUCCGUGGUUGACCUGACGGUCCGCCUGGAGAAGCCCGCCAAGUACGACGACAUCAAGAAGGUGAUCAAGGCCGCCGCCGACGGACCCAUGAAGGGAAUCCUGGGCUACACGGAGGACCAGGUCGUGUCCACAGACUUCAACGGCGACACUCGCUCCUCCAUCUUCGACGCCGGCGCCGGCAUCGCCCUCAACGAGCACUUCGUGAAGCUGGUUUCAUGGUACGACAACGAGUUCGCCUACAGCCACCGCGUGUGCGACCUCGUCCUGCACAUGUGCUCCAAGGAGUGAAGCGCCGCUUCCUUCCCUCGACCCCCGCUCGC